AUGACAUCCCAACCUGAAUCACUCCCACCAUUGGCCAUCCGGGAAACCAUAGACAAAACGAUUGGAUUUGUAAUCAAAAAUGGUCCAUCAUUUGUAGAAAGACUUAAAUCAAAUGCUGCAGAAAAGUUUUCCUUUUUGAAUGAAUCAGAUCCUUACCAUGAAUACUUUCAAGAUAGAUUACAAAAUAUUGGAAGUAAAUCAUCCGAAGAAGAAGGACAAGACGAAUUAAAACAAUCUAAUGAAUCUCCAAUAGAAAUUACUGCCCCCAAUGAAUUCAAAUUCCUUGUGGAAACUACUCCAAUCUCAGGAUUAGAUCUUGAUAUUCUUAAACUAUCAGCACUCUUUGUGGCCAAGAAUGGGCCCUCAUAUCAACAACAUCUUAUUACUCGUCAAAGGAAACUUCAACAAGAAGCACAGUUUGAGUUUCUUAAACCAACCCAUUCUUUAUAUCCCUUAUAUCAAGAGUAUGUCAAACAAUAUCAAACGGUGAUAACGAUGGGGGAUGGCGUCAAGAGUCUGAUUCUUGACCCAACCAAGAUCUUGGAAGUUUCCUUUGGUAGAGCCAUGUAUGCAAAGGCACACAAGAAAAAGGUACAAGAUGAAAAGAAAUUACAACAAGCGGCCCAUAUUGCAUAUGCUUCUAUCGAUUGGCAGGACUUCUCGAUGGUUGGAAGAAUCCAAUUUGAUGCAAUUGAUGAGGUGAGAGAAUUGGCAGUUCCUUUGAAUCGGAAGGACUUGGUGUAUCGAUCAUUAGAGGGGAGAAAGCAAGAUGUGGAAUUAGAGGUGGCACCAGUACCAGAGAAAGAGAACAUAGAGAAUGAAACUACAACAACAACAACUACUACUACUACUCCAACUCCUACUGCUGCACCACCUAAAGGAAUGAAGAUUAAGGCAGCCGGAGAAUCAAGAUUGAAAAAAAAUAGAGUUACAACAUCAACAAACACAACCAUAGAGUCAAUGAUAACAUGUCCAUUAACAGGAGAAAAAAUCCCAGAACUGAAAUUUGAUUCUCAUAUUAAGAUACUUUUACGUGAUCCAAGAUAUAAGGAACAACAAGAGAAUUACAUUAGGAAAAACUUCACCUAUGGAUCGAAUUUAUCCACUGAUGAAGUAUACGAAAAUAUCAAACGGAUGACCAAUAAACGGAAAGGUAUCGAUACAUUGGAACCUCCAAAGAAAACUUCUAAAAUAGUUGGACCAAGUCCAGAUAAUUAA